AUGUCCCGGCCCGGCAGCCCCCGGCCCGAGCGGCCCCGAACCGAACCGGGACCGCCGCCAGAGGUGCCUGAGCCCUCCCUCCCUGCCCUGAGGGGUCCCCGGUCCCCUGCCCGCCCCGCGGUUCCAAAGAAGGAGAAAACCCUGGAAGGAGACAAAUCCCCGGCAGUGCUGACAAAAAGCCCCCGGGCCGAGCUCUGCGGCGCUCCCGAAGCUGUGACAUGCCAGCCCCAGGUGGGGCCACCCCUGCAGUCCCCUGGUCCCUGCACGCAGCUGCUGCCCAACGGGGACGCGGGGAACGGGAUCUGCCGAGCUGUGCCCAGCACACAGAAACCUCCCCGAAAGCUGCAGCCCCACCACUCCAUCAACAGCCAGGGCAGCAAGAAGAGCAAGGGCAGCUCCAAGUCACCCUCCUCCCACAUCCCCAUUGAGGCGCAGGAAGAUUGCUGCGUGCACUGCAUCCUCUCCUGCCUGUUCUGCGAGUUCCUGACCCUGUGCAACAUCGUGCUGGACUGCGCCACGUGCGGCUCCUGCACCUCGGAGGACUCCUGCAUCUGCUGCUGCUGCUGCAACUCGGGCGAGUGCGCAGACUGCGACCUGCCCUGCGACAUGGACUGCGGCAUCAUCGACGCCUGCUGCGAGUCUGCCGACUGCCUGGAGAUCUGCAUGGAGUGCUGCGGGCUCUGCUUCUCCUCCUGAGGGCCCCUCUGGGCGGGGGGAGCUGUGCCAGGACCCCCCAGAUCUCCCAUGGUGGGUCAGGCUCCGGCGGGGCCCUCAGGAGGCCUUGCUGAGGAAGAGGAGGAAGAGGAGGAGGAGGAGAGUGGAUCCCCCGCUGGAAUCCUCGUCCUUGGAGCGUGUCCUGCCCGGGGAAGGCUGAGCCGAAAGGGCCACGGGAACUCUGGUGGUGCCUGGGCCUGCUCUACCUCUGCCAGCACCGGGGGACUGUGGGAGCCUCCUGCCACCUGAGCCGAGAGCAGGAGUGACUGUCACACAGAGCCAGCCCAGCACUGGGGACAGCCACCCUGCAGAGCCAUCCCAGCACUGGGGACAGCCACCCUGCAGAGCCAUCCCAGCACUGGGGACAGCCACUCUGCAGAGCCAUCCCAGUAUUGGGGACAGUCACCCUGCAGAGCCAUCCCAGCACUGGGGACAGCCACCCUGCAGAGCCAUCCCAGUAUUGG